AGUUUAGUUCUGCUCCAUAUCACCAUGUGACUCUCUGCAGACCCCAACUCUCUCUCUCUUGCAAGUUUCUUCAUUUUUGUUUUUAUUCUUUCUUUAUUCUUGGAAGAACAAGAAACUGAAUCAAAAUUUAGAAAAGAAAAAAAAAACAAUUAAAAGAACUUCAACUAGAAACCAACAAGACUGAGUCUUUCAUAUUUCUAUUAGGUGCAAAAACGAAACACCAACAAACCCACAUAUCUAUCCAUCUUCAAUCACCAUUUCUUAAUCUCUACUUCAUUUCUUGACCUAAAAUCGAAAGACCCAUUUCAUCUGCAAGAGAAAAGAAAGAGACAAUCUUCGCUCUCUCUCUUUAUUUUUCUUUUUCUAUCUUCUUCAUGUUCAAUAAAUCUGGUGAUAAAAAUGGCAGAGUUGAUAAAACCCACAAGGAAAAACAGAGGAUUCUAUGUAAAAAUGAAACUUGUGCACAGAAAUGGAAGGUUACAGCAACAACAGCUAGAGAAAAGCAAUCUCUGUUUCAAAUAUUACAAAUGGGUUCUCUGGAUAUCUCUUUCUCUUUAUUUUAUCACAUCUUAUUUUAUUAGCCAUAAGCCUAUUCCUCUCUCUAAAGCUCAGUAUUUCUCCAAAUCAGCUGUAGUUUCUCGUGCCCUUUUUGAAUCAACUAACUCUACAUUCUUUCACCAACCCAAGAACAACACUAAUCAAGCAUUAUUGAAGGAUUUGAAGAUAUAUAUCUACGAAUUGCCAUCAAAAUACAACAGAGAUUGGCUAUCAAACAAAAGAUGCAGCAACCAUUUGUUUGCAUCAGAAGUAGCUAUCCAUAAAGCAAUAUCAAACAGCGAUGACAUACGGACAUUUGACCCGUAUGAAGCUGAUUUCUUCUUUGUUCCAGUUUAUGUAUCUUGCAAUUUCAGCACUAUUAAUGGGUUCCCAGCAAUCGGUCACGCAAGGUCUCUCCUUUCCUCUGCAGUCACCUUUAUUUCCACUAACUAUCCAUUAUGGAACCGCUCCCAGGGAGCUGACCACGUCUUCGUCGCUUCGCAUGAUUUCGGAUCCUGUUUUCACACUCUGGAAGAGAGGGCUAUGCAAGAUGGAGUACCGGAGUUUUUGAAGAAGUCAAUUAUAUUACAGACCUUUGGCGUUAAAUAUGACCAUCCAUGUCAACAAGUAGAGAACGUGGUAAUACCACCUUAUAUCUCUCCGGUGAGUGUGCGGUCAACUCUUAAAAAGGCGCCGUUAACCGGCCGGAGAGAUAUUUGGGUGUUCUUUAGAGGGAAAAUGGAAGUUCAUCCCAAGAAUGUCAGUGGACGAUUUUACAGCAAGAAGGUGAGGACAGAGAUAUGGAGGAGGUUCAACGGUGACCGGAGGUUCUAUUUGCAAAGGCAUAGAUUUGCCGGUUACCAGUCAGAAAUAGCACGGUCAGUGUUCUGUUUAUGUCCAUUAGGGUGGGCCCCGUGGAGUCCAAGGCUGGUUGAAUCAGUAGCAUUGGGCUGUGUGCCGGUAAUAAUAGCCGAUGGCAUUCGGUUACCCUUCCCCUCCGCGGUGCCUUGGCCGGCCAUAUCACUCACCGUGGCCGAAAAGGACGUGGCAAAACUGGGAAGGAUACUUGAAGACGUGGCGGCUACUAAUUUGACGUUGAUACAGAAAAACAUAUGGGACCCAACAGUUAGACGGGCCCUACUAUUCAACGAUCAAAUCGAGGAAGGGGAUGCCACGUGGCAAGUGCUUUACGCCUUGACAAAGAAGCUGGAUAGGUCGCGUAGGACAGUAAGGGUUUCCAGCCAAUGAAGGAAAUACACGUAGAAGGAUAUGAUUUGUGGACCAUGUUUCUAUUCUGCUAGCUAAUAUAGACGUGCUUUUCCCAACGUGGAUGCUGCGGUUGCAUGUAAAUGAGCCAAUGUGGAGUACAGCUGGAAUUAUUUCCCGACUGCAUCUUAUAUAAACAGCGGGAUGGGGAAUUUUUAAUAGCCUGCGGUGGGGUCCAUUUAUGCACAGAGUUAAGUUGGAUUUUUGCUGAGUUGGCUGAGAAUAAUUGGUCCCAUAAGCAUAAAUAUUUAAAAAAGAAAUCAUUACAGUGGUGAGUACAUGUGGAAAUGAGAAAUUUUGGCGAAAAAUGGAGUAAUAAAACAAGUAGGGUGCAUGUUGUGUAUA